AUGGAUGAACUUCCGGCUGAGCUGUUGGAAGCUGCUGAUGGACUUUUUCUCAAGAGUGUUCCACUAGAGCUUGGUACUCCCCAAAAGAGUGAUGGGAAAGCAUCGACAGAUGACCGCUUCCAAUGCUUGGAGAAUGCUCAUCACAUCAUAUUAGUUCUAAACAUGCUCGGAGGGGUCUCCCUCGCCCUUAUACUUCACCACAUGAGAAACCCCAGUUUCAGUUUUCUAGCUUCUAGAUCCCUCCGAUCCCUCCCUCUCACCUCUCACGUGCAUGGCAGUAUCCCUCCUUUCUCCUGCAUCGGCAAGCCGCCGCUGAGAUCCCUGCCGGCGAAGGCCACCGUCGGCGAGGCCCUCGUCGCCGUCUCGGCGGAGACCAGGGCGGCGCCGCCGUCUCGGGCCGUGGAGAUCGCCGGAAAGAUUUGUAUGGUUGAUGUGCUCUGUUUUCUCUGCUCUGAGGGCAAUAUUUCGAACCCUGCUGCUGCGCUCAAGAACCCUGUUUCUGCCCUUCUCGCUAAGGGCGAGGGUUUGGUUAAGAGAGUUGAGGCGAGUUCCAGCAUCCUGGAAGCACUAGACGUGAUCCUAGACACCAACUCCCAAACCCUAAUAGUCCCUAUUCGAUCCGCCUUCCCAAAGAAGAAGAACCGAAGUCAAGAAUUCUGCUGGCUGACGCAAGAGGACCUCAUCCGCUUCUUCCUCAACAACAUCUUCCUCUUCUCGCUCGCACCGCGUCCUCUCGUCACCGUCCUCGACCUCAGUCCCCUACUCCGUCCUCGUCCGUCCCCACCGCUCCCCGCCCUCUCAGCGCUCGCCUAA